CCCCUGUCGCAUGCAGGCCCUACGAAGUGCUGGUCGGUGGUCUCUGAUUGCCGUCAGCAACACCAAGGGCGCCGAGGUGUCCAACAAUGUGGAGAUAUCCUCAGAGUACACUGAGUGCUCCAUCGUGCAGGCCUACGUUGAGGCCAUUAAGAACGCAGAGCACUUCAUCUACAUUGAAAACCAGUUCUACAUUAGUUGGUUGGAGGCGGAGAACCUGCAUGUGGAUGAGGAGACGGAGUACGCGAUGCUGGAUACGAUGGAGGGCUCCGCGGGCUUGCGCAGGCAGUCAUGUGUGGUGCAGAAUCCUAUUACACAGGCCAUUUACGAGAGAAUACUGAGAGCACACAGGUUAGGGCACUUAAAGGCCAUUUGGCUUGCUUUUUUACCUUGA